AUGGUUAUAACUGCUUCAGAUAUCAAAGCAAAUACAACUCUGACGGUGCAGCAACUCGUAAACCAAGUCAACAUCCUCAAAGAUGAAUUAAAAGUCCCUACACUUUACUUUUGUGCGCGAAUUACGUCCAGCCCCACAGACCUAACAAGUGACCAGGAUGUAGUCUUUCCGAGAGUAGAGGUCAACGAAGGUCGAGGUUAUGAUCCUUCAACUGGAAAGUUCACAGCUUCCAUCCCUGGAAUGUAUCUGUUUAGUGUUCAGUAUUGUGUAAAUAAGGUGAAAAAUGUUCAUCUUGAAAUCGUGCUCAAAGGAAAGAUAUUACAGAGGUCAACUUUCUUUGACAAACACGGUCUUAAUCCAUGUGUUACUAUGCAGGUAUCAUCAUCGGUUGCCAUGGGAGACCAGGUCUGGGUGCGCUCAACAGGAUCGAGUUCGUUGUACGCAGAUGAGGACGAAUAUACUUCAUUUUCUGGCACAUUGAUCCAUGCUUAA